AUGCGGUGGACCACAGCCUCACAGCUUCUUACUAUCUGCUUGUCUCUUGUGGCUUCGGGCCGGGCUAAGAAAUCGGAUGACCUGUCUGUGCAGGUUGGACAUCAUGUCGUCUUCUCCUAUCCAGGCCUCAACCCACCGACUCAUCUGUUCGAUUUGAUCAAGCAAGGCAAAGUGGGCGGUAUCAUCCUCUUUGGGGAGAAUGUCGCCGACAAUCUCAGCAUAAUCAUCAGCGACUUCCAAAAUGCCUACAAGCAGAGUAGCACAUACCCAGGAAGUCCUCUUUUGAUUAUGACCGACCAAGAAGGAGGGAUAGUCCGGCGACUACCCGGCGGACCAGUUCAGAGCGCCAAACAAAUUGGCCAGUCCAGUAACACGGGAGUCGCUGCGACGCAAUCUGGCAAGGACGCUGCAAGUGCUCUCCAAAAAUACCAAGUGAACACCAACCUUGCGCCAAUUUUGGGCGUGUACCGCGAAGAAGGGGACUUCUUGGAUAAUUAUGGCCGCUCCUAUGGCAAUACAUCUGCGCUUGUCACGACAUGCGGACCGGCAUUUAUCAGCGCCCAACAAGAAGCCGGUAUCAUCGCAACAGCGAAACACUUCCCCGGUCUUGGAGCAGCUGGGAAAACCGAGAACACGGACGAGGAGCCCGUCACCAUCAACCUCACCUUGGACGAGAUUCGCACAGUUGACGAAAUCCCGUACACAAAGGCUAUUCCUGCCGGCGUCGACAUGGUCAUGAACUCUUGGGCCUUGUACCCAGCUUUAGACGCCAAGUACCCGUCAGGACUGAGCAAGGCCUGGAUUCAGGAUGAACUCCGCGGGAGACUUGGUUUCAAGGGUGUUACUAUCACGGACGCCAUCGAGGCUGGGGCUCUUCAAGCCUUUGGUGAUGAUGCGGCACGUGGUGUCCUGGCUAGCCAGGCUGGUAUGGAUAUUAUACUUGCGUCGGCUCGGAAUGUUACACAAGGCGAGGCUGUCUUUGACGCGCUGGUAUCAGCCUUGCAGAAUGGCUCGUUGCCGAAGGACUCCUUCUCUGAGGCGACUGAUCGUAUUCUAGCUCUUCGUAAGAAGAUCAGUGUGUGA